CGUCGCGAUGUCCACGUUGCCGUCGUCGUCGCGGCGUCAUUUCGGAUGACUUUCACCAGGAGUAUGCAAAAAAGAGUUUCCCAAUUGAAUAUGUACCGGAGCACACCAUAUGUCGCACGUGUACAUCACGCUAAUUGCUAUUUAAAGCUCUACUCGUGGCCGCUGAUGAUGCGACGACGAUCCGCGAGAAGCAAGUAAAUCACAUUCGACUCGUCGUGUUCACCAACGUGGCGCAUUAUCCGCAUGUGUGAUGCUGGAUUAAAGAACCUCAUGCCUAAGCUCGACGCGGAGCGCUUAGAUGACUUUGCUCGACGCGAGAUUGCGGACGCGAUCUGGCCACACAGCUGCGACGGACAUGGACUUCUUCGUCGGCGUGGAUGUGGGAACGGGAAGCGUCCGAGCGGCUCUGGUUACCUCGAGCGGGAAAAUAAAGAGGGUGGCUACGUGCCCGCUCGAGAUAUUUCAUCCCGCGCCGAACUUCUACGAGCAAUCGUCCGAUAACAUUUGGAGCGCCGUGUGCCACGUUGUCAAGUCGGUUGUGGCCGACAUCUCCGCAGAGGAUGUUAAAGGAAUUGGAUUCGACGCUACUUGUUCAUUGGUGGCUGUGGAUGAAGCGGGUUCACCGGUAACAGUUAGUCCUACAGGACAGGAGAAACAAAAUGUCAUACUGUGGAUGGAUCACAGAGCGCACGAGGAAGCUGACCUUAUCAACUCUAUGGUUCACGAUAUACUGCAAUAUGUAGGCGGCAAAGUUUCCCUCGAGAUGCAAACGCCGAAGAUGCUGUGGCUAAAAAAGAAUUUACCCGUUUCUUGGAACUCGGCGGCGCUCCUGUUUGACCUACCAGACUUUUUAACGUGGAAAGCUACUGAAUCGGAAUCGCGAUCGUUGUGUUCGUUAGUAUGUAAGUGGAACUAUAGUGCCAAUCCCAAUGGUAGAAACGGAUGGGAUGAAGAUUUCUUUGAACAGCUCAAUUUACGGGACCUGAAGAAAGAUAAUUGGAGAAAAAUAGGUAACGAUGUAAGGGUACCUGGUGACGCGAUUGAAUCCGGACUGUCGGCGAAAGCCGCGGCAGAAUUGGGAUUAUUGAAAGAUACACCGGUUGGGACCUCGCUGAUCGACGCGCAUGCCGGUGGUCUCGGGAUGAUCGGAUGUUACGCGUCGGAUGUGUCCCCGAAUUUCUCCAACCGAUUGGCUUUGAUUUGCGGCACUUCGACUUGUCACAUGAUAGUGAACGAAAACAAGAUAUUCGUAAAUGGCGUUUGGGGCCCGUACUACAGCGCGAUGGUGCCCGGUUUCUGGCUCAACGAGGGAGGUCAAAGUGCCACUGGAAAAUUACUCGAUCACGUUAUCGACACGCACCCCGCGACGCCGGGAAUCCUGAAGACUUUGGGCGGCAAUAAACACAUUCAGCAAUACUUGUCCGAAUUGUUGCACGUUAUGGCUGAGCAGAAAAAUCUGCAGAAUGUGUCGUAUCUGACGAAGGAUAUACACGUGUGGCCGGAUUUCCACGGUAAUCGUUCGCCUCUUGCCGAUCCAACGCUAAAAGGAAUGAUAUCCGGAUUAUCCUUAUCUGUGGAUGAGGAGAAUCUAGCGUUAUUAUACUUAGCAGCGGUGCAGGCACUAACGUACGGUACAAAGCAUAUAAUCGAAGUCCUAUCGGCGGCCGGUCAUAAUAUAGAAAGUAUAUUGGUUUGCGGUGGACUCAGUCAGAAUCCACUAUUUAUCCAAAUACAAGCCGACGUGUUAGCGUUACCGGUUCUCUGCCCCGUGGAGCGAGAAUCGGUUUUGGUAGGCGCGGCGAUCCUCGGUGCAUGUGCCACGAAAAAAUAUUCCAUGCACGAGACUGUCCAGAGAAUGGCGGGAUCGGCGAACAUAGUGAAACCGACGAGCGAGUGUUACAAAUAUCACUUUCGGAAGUAUCGCGUAUUCAAGAAAAUGGUCCAAGACCAACAAGAAUACAGGAAAUUAAUGAGUGAAGAAUUAUAGCCUAUUCUUCCGUUCCUUUAGCCUAAGCAGAUUAAGAAAUAGACUGUUUAACAAAUGUUCUUAUAAUUGGGAGAAGUCUGAGUGAAGAUGAACGAUCUGCGAAUACUCGAUAGAUAUCCAGAAAGAAUCUCUGAAGCGUUUAGAAUGCGUACAAUGUAUAAAUACUAAAGAUGGGUUUAAUAUUAUAGAAAUUUAAAGAUUCGGAUCGAGGAUCUUGCAAAGAAACAAUAUUCCGCUGGAAAGUAUCGAUAUCACAUCUGAAAUAAUAGGUUUGUUCGUUUUCGUUGCGCACUUCUGAACUAGUGCGAUAAGUUGGAAUGAAAGAACAUAUAUUUGUUUCAUUCUAACUUAUUACACUAGUUCAGAAGUGCAGCGAAAACGAACAGGCCUAUUAUUUCCUCUAAUGUGCAACGCGUAAGAACAAUUGAACAUACUUACUGUAACGUUGAUUAUGACAGUAAUAGUUUAUGACAGUAAUAGUUAUAAUGCACAGUUUUCGAUUUACUACGUCGCCCUUAUAAUGCAAUCAUCAAGGAUCUAAAGUGCUGAUAUAUAAUAUUGAUUUAAUGUAGUAAACUUUGCGGCGAUGAAUGUUCCUUUGCAGUCGAUCUAAUUCAUCUUGUGAUCUGAAAAAGACAGCGCCGUUAUUAUAUACUUUUAUUUUCAUUUAAUUUUGAACUUCUAUUUUGUAAUAGUAGAAAAAUAUAUGGGAAUUUAUAUGCCGAAGAGAUAUUAAUUCAUGUACAACCACAUUGCCACACAGGUUCUCCAUCUGCAUUAUACUUUAUAUUGUGCAUAGAUAUUUUUUGCUACAAAUUAUAUUCUAUUAAUAAAUUCCUCUAAAGAACAAUACGAGUUAUGCCCAUGAUUUCUAAAGCAAAUUUAGUAUCGAAUAUCUUCAGUGACAUAAAGAUGAAGUAACACCAAAGAAAUGGGAUCGAGGAUUUGGGGAUCAAGCGGUUUCUACAUAGCGUGCUAUUUAUAAUCGACAGCUACAAAAAGACAGCCGAAUCUAUUUAUAUAGCAUCUAUCAUUGGAUGAAUCGCGGUUACUUUUGGACAUCUUGCAUAACAUUUAUAUACAUAUUUUGUUUCUAUUUGUCAAACAGACUGUAUUCAAAACAUAUUCAAAACAAUGUACGAAAUACUUAUAUUAGUAUUGACAGCCUCCUGUGGUACAAUUUGAGCAAAAGCACUGUGCUUCACUAUUACAUCAUUCGUCAUUCGCACGAUCGUAUCGCUAAACAUCUACUUUCAUUCUUACGUACUAGAUAAAUACAUCCCUCCAAUCGUCGCUGAAUAAAUACAUUAAUUAUUAUUCUUUCUUACAUACAAAAUGUAUUAACGUACGCACUAAUUGCCUGAACUUACAGACUAAUUCGAUAUCUUCACCUUUCGUCCAAAUUAACUUCUUUAUUUUUGGAUGUUUCAUGAUUUACUGAUCUUAUUAAAUUUAUCUUAUAAGCGCUGACUUAUACAGAAAUAUAUCGUGGAACGAUAUAUAUAGAAUUGAUGAUAUUUAACUAUUUACCGGGCUAAAAAUAAAUUCAUGUUCCGUUGAGAAAACUGAUUUCGAUAUGUAAUUAUUAAAGAAAAAAAUGUCCUUAUUUUUGUCUUCGUAUUUUACUCUGCAUAAUUAAAUCUCUGACUCGUAACUUAAUUAUGUCAGAGGUCUCCUAUAUUCAGCUACUCCAUAAAUGCGCGUACCUUUUCUAAUUGCAUUGACUAGAUUUUAUAAUACUUAGGAACUAGCGAAUUUUAAUAUUAUUUUUAUGCUUAUUCGUCAUUGUCAUACUAUACAUUAUAUUAAAGACAAAUGCACAAUUGGA